AUGCCUGAAACGUUCUCGUCUGUCCCAACGGUCGAUUUUACUAGACUGACAUCGCCUGAGACGAAGAGCGAAGAGCUCGCCAAGCUUCGUGAUGCCAUCUUCGUCGUCGGAUUUCUAUAUCUGACCAAUACAGGAUUAGAGGUGCCAGAUCUGAUCUACCGUACUCAGGCGAGCCUACCGGCGCUUUUUGCCUUGUCUGCCGAAGCCAAACAGAGAUGCAAUAUGAUCCAUUCGCCGUCAUUCCUGGGAUACACCCGUCUUGGUGCAGAGACCACAGCAGCCAAGACCGACCUUCGCGAGCAAUAUGAUUUUGGCUCGCCGGGAAUGAAACCUUGGAAAGAAGAAGACCCGAUUUGGAAGAGACUUGAGGGCCCAAACCAGUAUCCCGAGCACCCUGCGUCGCAAGACCUGGUAGAAGGCUAUAUUGCUAAAAUGGACGAUCUGGCUCAAGAGUUUGUGCACUUGGUCGCAGAAUGUCUGUCUCUACCACCCACUACAUUCGAUGCUUUCAAAGGCAAUAUGAGCCGCUUGAAAUUUGUAAAGUAUCCUCCUUCCGCACCGGAUUCGCAAGGCGUGGGACCCCAUAAGGAUUCCGCAGGCCUUUUCACCUUCCUCUCCCAGGACGAUACGGGUGGACUGCAGGUGCUCAAUAAGAAUGGCGAGUGGAUUGAUGUGCCUCCAGUGGAGGGAAGCUUGGUGGUGAAUAUCCAGCAGGGCUUUGAGGCAAUUACAGGCGGAAUUUGUGCCGCUACGACGCACCGAGUGAUUGCGCCAACCUCGAAAACACGAUACAGCAUUCCUUUUUUUCUGGGAGUGAGACUGGAUCUGACGCUAGACCAGCUCAAAAAUUCUGCUGCGCAUAUUGUGCAACGGAUUCCGGCAUCUGACGACAAUAGGAAGCGUGCUGUCGAUGUUCCAAGUGAAUUCCUAUCUCCGCUGUACUCCUGUUUUGGCGAGGCGCACCUCAGAAACCGGAUACUGAGUCACCCGGAUGUAGGUCGGAAAUGGUAUCCUGAGCUGUAUGCCAAAUAUUCUCAGCAGAUUUUGGAAUAG